AAUCUAUAAAUUAAUUGACUUGUCCACUUUGUUUCCUUCUCUUCCCUCGUUGACAACGGCUUCAUAGGCAAACUUGAGCUUUCAACUACACAGACAAUUCAACCAUGACACGCGUUUUCCAGUUCGGCCUGGCUAUUGAGGCCUUUCUCAAUAUUGUAGGGGCCGUUCCAUUUGUUUUAUAUCCAGAAUGGUGUCUGUCAUUCGCCGUCGCUGAUCGUUCUACUGCCGGUGCCCCGGCUGUACCCCCAAGUUCCGCCAUGCUGUGGCAGAUCUACGGUGUCCUCGUUCUCUCGCUCACAGUUCCGCUCAUUUUAUGCAUUCCGGAUUCUAGCGCAGUGACUGAGAAGCGCCGACUCAUCUUCCAGACUCUCAUCUCGGGCGAAGUCUUGAUUGAAGCCAUCUUACUGCGGCAUAUCUCUCAGCCGGAAAAGAGCGGCUUCACUCUGACCUCGCUCUCGCUCAGUGCUUUCUUCUUAUUGCCCGCUCUGUCCUGGCAUACCUUCGCAACAUAUGUCAAGCCUGAUUUGAUGAGCAGCGACCGUUUCCCUUCGGCCAAACCACCUAAGAAAAUACGUUGAUCUUAGUCAACUAAGUAAUUCCGCCCGAUAGCAAGGAUAUGAUCUAUCUAGGAUACGUUGAACUACAGAAACUCGUUACAAAGCCCACGGCGUACAUCGAGCACCG